CCAGAAAAGGAAGCCACAUAACAUGCCCUCAAAACAACACAUGUGCACAACAUAUCCACAUUAAAGACGAAACGUGAGAUUUGUUUGCUGUUAACUUGACUGGAAAAUGGAAAUAAGACAGUGGCGGAUACCUAAGUGAUCACAGAGCUAAAUCCAGACCAGCUCAUGCCCCUGGCUGUCUGGUGAUCUCUGCGAGCAACGAACCACACUCAGGGCUGCGGAAAGGAAAUGGCACAAGUCUAAUAAUUCAGUCAACCAUCAACCAUCACUCCGGAUCACAGAUGAUACUACUGUAGAAGACAUCUCAGCUUGGAUGAAGAGACACCACCUCCAGCUCAACCUAGCUGAGACAGAGCUGCUUGUAUUUCCAGCACACAGCAAAUCUGACUGGAUGAGAGAGAAUUCAGGUGGGCUGAUAAUGUAUCUGAUCUGCACCGAGACGCUUUACUCUACUGUAUGACUGCACAACCUUUGAAACGAUAUCAUGGCAAAGUCAUCAAUGUCUCCAGUCGGUGUGUCUCAGACUCAGCAUACAGAAUGUUCCACAAACAACAUACCCAAAGAAACAGGUGAAUUAUUAAAGACCUCUACAUCUGAAGGACCUACCAAUGACAUUGAGACCCUGACUGUCAGCGUUCAAGAAAACGGUGAUAAUAAUUCAAGUGUACAGAAAUGGUCACAGGCUUUAAUAUUAGGGGACCAGGAUGACAUUAAGUGCAAAAAACGAUGUGAAGCAAGUUUUGCCCCCCGUUUGUGUAAGCCCCGGCCUUUUGAUAAAAGCUGCCCAACAUUUGAAUAUACACAAAAUGAAAUCCUUCCUCCUGAGACCGGUCCAAGCAAUCUGAUUGAUCCCGUGCAUGAGUACAAGCUUAUGGCAAACACCAAGAAUGUUUCAGAAGACGAUGUCCUAAAAAAAUUCACAAGCGAAGUCUUCCGGUUUAGUGCAGGAUGCAUCAAUUCUCGAACAAAUGGGACUAUCCAUUUUGGAGUUGGGGACGAGCCACUGUACAAACAUGGACAAAUUAUUGGAUUAGAGAUGACAUCACCAAAGAAAUAUAUAGAUGAAUUUGAUAAGUGUAUCAAGCUGUACUUUACAAAUCACACUGGUAUUGUACAGAGAUGCGUUAGGCCCCCUCAGUUCUUUAGGGUAAAAUGUCCAGACAACAUUAAUGUGGACAAAUGGGUCAUUGAGGUUGAUGUUGUUCCAAUGUAUGAACUAACUCUGGACAAAAGGUUUUACACUCCAUUUGACAAGAAGGGGAGGAAGUCAAAAACCCUUUUCAUUCGUGAUGGUGCAAACACCAUUGAUUAUAUGCAAGGCAAAAAUCCAAAAAGAACAAGGCAGAAUGAAAAGGAUUUAAAAAAUGAUGUGAAAUUAUGGGCUUUGUCUAGAAAAAUUGCAGAAAAGAAGUAGAGGCAGAUCUUAGGCACAACAAUAGGUCUAAAGUAAUAGCCCAACAAGACAUAGGACGGGUUUAACUCGAGGGGCAACCUUCCGAUCUCUCUGAUGAAGCCAAUACGGAAGUGACUUAAAGUGCAAUUCAUCGACUGACCACUUGAGGCUGGCUCCAAAAGGGAGUCAAUAUAUACAUCCAUGUUAAAACGCCCAACUUUACAGUAGAAAAUAAUAUGUUUACAGUGUGGUACAAAAGGUGUUUUUGGUCUGUAUAGCUAAUUUUGCCCUUCUUGACAACUGUGAGGGGGGGGGGGGGUUGUAACUCAUCUGUUUAAAUUAUAUUAAGCCUUAAAAUUCUGCAUAAUUAAGGGCUUGACCACUUAAGCGACCAGCAACCAGCCCCCUCAGGUUCACCCAUGUCCCGCCUCUUUACCCAUUUUCGGUUAUCUGCAAGUGAUUCACCGUGACGCGUGGCCAAGAUGGUGACGGCAGACGACGCCUACUUUUAGCUUCUAAAACGAUCUUCACAAACCAAUGUGUGACGUCAUGGACACUACGUCCGUAUUUUUUUACAAUCUAUGGUUUAACUAGACCUGAUAUUGGCAAAGCUCCGGCUAAAAGUAACACACUUGUAGCCAAAAUUUGGUUACAUGUCGUUUUUGCCAAAAUAACUUGCAAGAUGUAUGAUAUUUCAUUAUGUAAGGAAAAUCAACAGUGAUAUACAAAGUGUUUAGUUUCAUUUAUUCAUUUCAUUUUUGAUCUAUGGUUAUGUAAGAAUUACAGACUACCUCUAAACAGAUUCCCCUCCAACCUAGGUGCUAAAACAAGCUCAUCCCCCUAAAAGGCUUGAUUAUUAUACAGGUAAUCUCAAUACAAGCAAUACACUGAUAAUAUAACCUAAAUGUAUAUUAUCUUUAUUAUAGUAUGGGAGCAAAAGUGAGACUUCGAGAACCAACACAGGUCAGAGGGGGGGUCUAUUAUAAUUAAAGACAUCUGUUUACACAUCAUCCAAUCACUUGGGUGAUCAGUUUGACCAUUUGAUUAAG